CAACAAAAUGUCCAAUCCAUUUUUAGCCGAUCUUGAAGAAAGUUAUACUCCAUAUUCUGCGUCCGGAACACAAACACCAUAUUCAGUCGGAGCCAGAACACCAAAAAGACGUAAUUCAACCAAUCCGUUUGAAAUUCUAUCACCAGAAAAUGAAACUACCACAUUCCUUGACAACAACAAUGAUGAUGAAACAUCAAAUACAGCGAAAAAUUUUGCUAGUGCCAUUGCCGAUAUGUCAGCCGAUUUCUUCGAAAGUAUCAAUAAAACGUCAACAAAUUUUGAUGAAGAUGUUUUCGCUGAUGAACAAAACAAAAUCAAUGAUGAUAAAGUGAUUCAUGAUAGUGAUGAUCAUGUAAAUACAACAACAAUAACUACAGUGAAAACAAUAACCAAUUUUGAUUCGAAUAAUGACACCACUGUAUUCGAUCCAUUCCAAACCAUUAAUGAUGAUGAUCUAAAUUUCUCUUCCAAAAGAUCUUCAAUCGAACAAAGGAAAUCUUCAUCCACAAAUGAUGAAGAAAAUAUUCGAAAAAUAACCUCAUCAAAAGCCAAAGAAUUAUUUCAUUCAUCAAUGAAUGAAAUUGAAUUAUUGGCUGCAGCCAAUCGUGUUGAAGUUCAACCUGUAUCAACAAAUGCUGAAGAUUCAUCACCGAUAAGUCCAACCGAUUUAUUGAUGGCUCCACAAAAAAUUGAACCAUAUUCAUCCGAUCUAUCCGAUCUUUCCGAUAUAUCACCAAGUAAUAUUGUUGCGAAUGAUAUUCGCAGUGCCUUUGAUGCUUUUACAGCAAUCAAUGAUAAAAAAGAAGAAGACGAUGAACAGGGAAAGUUUGAACCGAUAACAUCGUCUGAGAUUUUAUUGCGUCGAGUAUCGAAGACCGCAGGCAGACAAAGCCAAGAUGUUGAUGACGAUGAUGAUGAUGAUGAUGAUGUAAUCAUCAGAAAAACAGGUGAACACCAUACAGAUGAGCAUGCUAUACGUAGUUCGUCCCAUUUUGAUCCAUUUACUACUGUUUUUGUUGAUUCACCAAUCACUUCUUAUUUUGAAGAUGGUGACAACAAUGAUGAAAUUGUUCCAGACUCAGCAACAUCAGUGACAAUGGCAGAAACAACACAGCAUAAAAGCAAAGCAAUAAAUCAUGCAAAGAUUAUUGGCCUUGAUAAUAUCAUAGGCAGAAAUGAUAGCCUUGACUUGAAUUAUGUUGGCCAACCAAAUGUUAAUGCUCAAGGAAUCAUUAAUGAUGCUUUCAACGAUGAACAAGAUAAUAAUCCUGAAUCACAAUCAAAAAAAGACAUAGAUGAAAGAGCAACAGAUCGAAUGUCAUCGGUCGAUAUUGCUGAAGUUGCUAUCGAAAAUUUACAACCUAAUUCAUUAAGGGAAUUAAUUGACAACAAUAUGGAUUAUCAAGCACAAACAACUGAUGGUGAUGAGCCUAGCUUGGAAUCGAAAGAUCCAUUCGAUACAAGUGGAUUCGAUUCGAAGGCUUUUGAGGCAUUUGAAUCUCGUUUCGAAGCUACUGAUAAAAGUGAAAAAAUUGUCCGUAUUGAAGAUGAUCCAUUUGCAUCACCAUAUAAAACGGCAAAAUCUAAUGCUAAUAAUCAAGAUGGUAUUGGAGGUUUUGAUACGUUCGAACCAUUCGUGCCCAAACAGCCUGAAAAUACACCAUAUAAAGUGGCCAAGAAACCAAAAAAGAAAAGAGAUUCUUUCGAAGAUUCCGAUUCAUUCGAUGAUGAUGGUGAUGAUGAUGAUGAACCAGAGGAAAGUUUUCGAAUUGUUAUUAGAGCUAAAAACAAUGAUACAAAUCAAUCGGAAGCCAAUUCAAAUUUGGCACUUCCGUUAUUACCACCUCCACCAAAGUCACCAAAGCGUCUUCCUCAAUCUGAAAAAGAUAUCGAACAAGAGGAAGGAGAAUUAUGUGAAGAGGAUUUAAUAUUGACCGGUUAUCGUAGUUCGUCAGCAAUAAAACCAAAAAAGACUGCAAAAAGUUUUAUCGAUGAAGAAUUUGAAAGAUUUUUUGCCAGUUCAGAAAAUCGUCGAGGUUCAGAAACUGCCGAUACGGCUACGACAGAAGAACCUGAAUGGCCAACUGCAUUUGGUGAAGCCGCUUCAAAACAACAACGUACAGCUGCUGGAACCGAUUCACCAGCAUCACCACAAACACCUCUUUAUGAUGAGGAUACAUCUCAGCCACUCGAAGAUUAUCCACCGCCAUAUCUGGGUGAAGGAUGGGAAAUGAUGUUGCGACAUCCGGCCAAGAAAAAGUUAACAGCAAAUCGUUAUUGGAAGAAAAUAUUUGUCCGUUUCAUACCUGAAACUUGUGUAUUACAAUUGUUUAAUAAGAAAGGUGAUGCUCAACCAUUUCAGGAGUUACCCUUACAAGCAUCGUAUUCGUUAUCGGAAAUUUCUCCACAACAAUAUGAUCAAUAUGGGAAGAUAUUCACUGUCAAAGUGCAAUACAUAUUUUAUCGUGAACGUGUCGGUGUUCGACCGGGACAAAUUGCCAAAGUCAUGCAAGGUCAGAUUCAAUCUAUGGGUGAUUUUGCCAAACUUGGAAUGCCUGUCGAACAUUCACCACAAAUCAGUGAAUUACUUAAAUUGGGUACACUUGAAUAUAAUGACAUUAAAGAACUAUUGACGGUUGUUGAAGAAUCAAUGUUUCGUAUGACUGUUCAUCGUGAUCGUGCACUAACUUAUCGUACUGAAGAGAUUCAAUGUUGUGUACAAGAUGAAUGUUAUGUUGAACAGAACAAAAUUGGUAUUGUUGAAAAACAAUUGGCUCGUGUUCGGAUAUUUUUUCUUGCAUUUUUAAAUGGAAUGCCAGUCAUUGAAGUUGGUAUAAAUGAUCUAAGAAGACAAGGCAAAGAAGUUGUUGGACGGCAUGAUAUUUUACCUGUAGUGACUGAAGAAUGGAUUCGUGUUGAACGACAAGAAUUUCAUUCCUGUGUACAAGAUCAAUAUUUUGAAACUGAACAAGUUAUUCGUUUGAUACCACCGGAUGCAUGUCAAUUUGAAAUGAUGCGAUUUCGCAUCCGUCCACCAAAGAAUCGUGAACUUCCAUUACAGGUCAGCGCUUAUAUGAAUAUUACACCAUCGAAAAUGGAGCUAAAAUGUGACAUUCUGGUACCUGGAUGUAUAUCGAGAAAACACGGACAAAUACCAUGUGAAGAUAUUGCCAUUCGUUUUCAUAUACCUGAAUGUUGGGUAUAUUUUUUUAGGGUAGAAAAACAUUUCCGCUAUGGAGCUGUUCAUUCCACUAAUAGACGUUCUGGAAAACUUAAGGGAUUGGAUCGUAUUCUGGGAACUGCAGCAAAUCCUGAACCUCAAUUGAUUGAAGUGACAGCUGGUUUAGCAAAAUAUGAACAUGCAUAUCAUUCAAUCGUAUGGCGUAUCCCAAAAUUGCCCAAAGACGGACAAGGAGCUUAUACGCAACAAUUAAUGUUGGUUCGUUUACCAUUAUCAUCAUUUGAUCGAAUACCAGAAACAUUUUAUGAUUUUGUUCAUGUUGAAUUUCGAAUGCCUUCGACAACCGUAUCGCAUACAACAUUACGAUCAAUUUCUGUUAAUUGUGAAACACCACCGGAUAAAUUUGUUCGUUAUAAUGCUAAAUAUGAAUAUAAAAUUGGUUUGAAUAUAACAUAUGAUGAGAACAAACCGGAACCUGAAUAUCUACGUGUAACAACAUUGAAUAAUGGUUCAUUGAAAACAUCAAGUCAUGAUGAAGAAGAACAUAGUAGUGAAGAUGAACAACCACAUGCUGCUGAUGAACCAGAUCAAGAUGUUGAUAUGUAAUUUGAUUUUUUUUUUGUUUUUAGUUGAUAUCAAUUAACAAUGAUCUCUUCAAGUACUACUUCAAUUAUUCAAGAACCACAUGCACCAUAUUCCAUACAACACCAACAUCUGUCUGUUCAUCCAUCACCUACCUAUUUAGUUUGAAAUGUUUUAUUUUUCUAUCAAUAAUAAUCAUCAUCACAUAAACCACAAUAAUAUGUACUAACGAAACGAUAGGCCGUCAUCAAUCAUCAUUCAUAUAUAUGGAUUAUCCUCGUGUAACCUCAUCAUCAUCAUCAUCAUCAUCAUGAAUCCAAA